AUGUCCUCCUCGAGCUCCCGCACCUUCGCCCAGCAUGUCCGCGUCUCGUCCACCGACGAGCUCUCCUACGACGCCUCCUCCCGCGGCGAAAUCAACGAGACCAUUCACACCAUCGUCACCGGCCGCAAGUGCUGGAAGACCAUGAAAGGCAAGGGCGAGGUUGUAUGGCCGCCCUUUCUUGAGCUGGCCCUCGUCGAAGGUCUCGAGAAGUACCAGCCCGUCGAGAGCCGGACAACGCGCGCGUUUGGCCGCUUCCCGAUGCGCAACAAGUUCAUCUCGGACUACAUCUUCAACAAGACCGGCAAGCGGCGCACGCCAAAACAGGUCGGCAGCCGUCUCCAGCAGCUGCGCGACACCACCGAGGGCAAGCGAAUAUUGCAGCAGCUGUCGAGCAGGCACAUCGCAAUGAUGCAGCCAAAGUCCGAGCCCGUCCCUGACCCCUCGAAUCCCACCGACGCCGCCGCACCGGCAGGCCCGCCCGUCAGCUACCUCACCAUCGACAUCCUCCCCGACACGCCCGGCAGCGGCUACCCGUCGCCCGCACUGUCGCCCCUCGCUGGCCCGUCGACGACAGGCCCCCAGGCGCCCCGCCCGAUGCGCGCCAUCGACCCGACGGUGACGUUCAUCUCGCGCUCAGCUCUGCAGGCGUACGCGAGCGUGCGCGUCGUUCGCGACGGCCGGACGGUCUGGCUCGAGAAGACCGCGCUCAGCUUCCGCGACUCGAACGUCCUCCCGGCGCGCGUGUACCCCGCCCAGAUGGAGUGCCAGCUCCUGUACAGCACCGAGGUCGUCCCUGGGUUCUGGGGCCAGCUCUGCGAGUACGGCGAUCCUACCCCGUUUGCCAUCUACCAGGACAUCGUCAGGCUCAAUGGUACUGACGCUGCGACGGCCAUCGCACAACCCGGCACGCCCCCGCCUGAGGACGUCCUGUUGUCGAUUGUGUAUCGAUUCAAAAUGCAUUCAUCCUCCUCCCCUCCCCUCUCGCCGUCGACUUCGAGCGUCGAUGCGCUGAGCUACUCGCACGAGUCUAGCCCCGAAAUUGGCUCUGACUACGGCGAGCUCCUCCCCUCCCUUCCCAUGAUCUACACUCCCUCCUCGCACUCCUCCCAGCUGCACUCUCACUCCCCACAUCACCUCUCGGCGCACACGCCCUCGCCGCGCCACCCACAGACGCACUCCCUCCCUCCGCUCCACCACCUCCCACACAUCCCCUCCCCUCCCGCGAGUGUCCACGCACACUCGCCGUCGCAGAUGUCCCUCCACCACUCCGGCUCCCUCCCGCAGAUCCGCGCGCCGACGGGCUCGCCCGCGACGCCCGGCCUGAUCCACCGCCACGAGGAGGGCUACGCGAGCCUCCCGCCGAGCCCGCUCGACCUGACGUUCCCUGCGGGCGUCCAGCACCAUCCGGCGCACACGACGACGCUGCCGAGCCUUGCGUCCCUGCAAAGUGUCCCGCCGAUGGGCGGCGGGAUGUGCGGAGGGGCCGGGUAUGCGGCUGGCUACGGCCAGGCGACGGUGUACGAUGGGAUGGCUUACACGUUUGACCCGUCGAACACCUACGCCGGCCUCUAG